GGUCGUGUCAGAGUAUGUGCCACUGUGGACGAUGACGGCGAGUUGCAUUUGGUCGCUGAACCAGUGGUGGAGUGCCAUCCGAAGCUGAAGAAGUCAGGUUCAGUCCGUUUUCGUAUAGGCGAAUCAGGAAGAGUGGAAGUGGUCACGGAGCGUGUGCCAAACUAUUGGGCUGCGGAGUGUCAGAGCAAGGUAGUUCAUAAGCUGCUUGAGGGGUCUUAUUCGUGGUUCAUACUACUCAACAAUAUCGUGGCGACGUUUUCACGGCCAUGUGUCGUAGAUCUCAAGAUAGGAACCAGACAACAUGGAGACGAUGCGUCGGAGUCUAAACGUCAUCGUCAACUCAGAAAAUGUCGUGAAUCGACAAGUGCGACGUUGGGAGUGAGGAUGGUUGGGAUGCAAUUAUAUGAAUCGAGGACCAAGUUUUUUAGCCCUUUCGGCAAGGCUGACGACCCUUCACAAGCCAUAGUUUUCAAAAUUGUGCUAUAUUUCGUGGUAAUAUGUCCAUGUUGA